AUGCUGGACUUUGCGCUGGAGGACGAGCGAAAACUGGAGGUAUUUGACCACCACUGCCUGAGAACCAUCCUUCGAGUGAAGUUCACCGACUGCGUUUCAAAUGAGACAGCCCGCGCUCGCUGCGACAUCUUAAGGAUAACUCAGGCCACCCAAGAAAGACGACUGAUGUGGUUCGAACAAGUUCCUUGUCGUCCACCUCAGGAGCUCAGUGUUACUGCCCUCAAUCAGGCACCGUCUUCCCAGUGGAGGCGUCGAAGAGGUCAGUUCAGAACCUGGCUCGACACAGUUCGUCAAGACAUGGAGGUGGUUCUUGAAACUUCGGUUUUUGGUCUCCGACGUUGGCGAAGGGAAUGGGUUCAGUUGUCCGGAUCUGCUGCCGCGGAUCGUCACGCGUGGAGAGGUACAGCUCGGGAUAUCAUCGAAGCCGGCUAG